GGAAGUGAAGUGGACGAUGGAAAGUAGUAUUCAGGCAAGCUAGACGGAAGACUCUGCAAACACCCAACAGGGUUCAAACGAAGUCUUAAGAGACGGGCACACAUGCGCCUCUUGUGUUAACUUUAUUAUUUGUGUGUGUGUGUGUGUCAUAAAGUAGCUGUCAACUUGCACGCCUAGCUGGUUCCGCUGGAUGGCUGGUGAUAAAUGAAGUGUUUGCAUGAUCGGACAAUCAGCUAGUGUUACUCUGGCUAAUGCUACUCGAGCCAUCUUGCUGUCACAGAAUGUGACUCUCCGUGCGCCGACGACAUGAGAUGCCUGGGUAACUUUUUAGCAGCUGAGUGUUUAUUUUCCUCCCAAAAAAAAAAAUUGCAAUGGGCAGCGAACGCAGCAAUUGCAGGCCCCAAUGAAUGGAGACAAUAGCAUAGCUAACCUAGCUAGCAACCUGUCGUGGCUGCUAAGCACUGCUAAAAAAAAAGAAAAAAGAAGCGGUCCCCUUGCCUAGUACAUGUCUGGAGCUCCACUGACUGAGAUCGAGUUUUCUGCGACAUGUAGCAUAUCAUGACCAACACCAAACUGUGAUCAACAAGGACCCAGCAGCCCGGCUCUGACAUCAUGUCUUCACAAUCCAAAUGGUUGAACAACAACAACAACAACAACGCUGAUGAAACUGAUCUCGCAAUAACUGAGGAUGCUCUCAGGAAUGGUACCUGUGAAGUUGAGACUAUGGUGGCGUUACACUGUCAUGGUGACAGCGGAGAUGUUACUGUUGAGGUCGACCCUGCACUGAGUAAUGAUGGCAUGUCAGAGUUUUCUAACAGUGACCUCUCUCUGCCCGAGGUCUGCAUUUCUACCAACAGUAAUAGUUAUGAAGAUGAUAUGAACUAUGAAGUCCAGCAAGCUUACAGGAUAUUCACGGGCUUUCUCUUGGACAAGCACAAAGGCAUCACUGGCCCGUUCCUCCAUCCUGUUGGUCACCAGGAGGCCCAGCAUGGUAUCGGGGGAGUCACGGGCAGGGGCCAGGCACAACUCAAGCAGUCAAUGUGCUUGUGGAGGAUGGAAGAGAAGUUUGUCAACCAGGAGUAUGAAACCAUAACAGAGUUUGUUGCGGACUUCAGGUUGAUGCUGGAAAACUGUUAUCGCUACCAUGGGGUGGACCAUUGGAUCUCCAAACAGGCUCAAAAGCUGGAAAUCAUGCUUGAGCAAAAGCUUACGUUGCUGUCCAGGGCUCUGCGAGAGAAGACAACCUUGGCAGUGACUUCUAAAGGACGGUUUGGUGUAGAGGAAGAAAGAGGUUCAGGGGGCACUUCCACAAGGCGGAGACUGGCACCUCGUAGCCUGGCUACCAUCACUGUCGGUGGGCAUGAGUCUCUCAUGGUUCAGACCCUAAGGCUAGAAGAGCAACAGAGGGUCAAAGAGGAGAAGAGGCAGCGUGAGCUUGAGAAAAAAGAAGCAGAGGAAAUGUCAGCCAAAGAGGUGGAUGAGUGGGAGCAGACUUUACUGGCACAAGCGGCCCUCCAAACUGUGGACACACUUUGGGAACUCCCUGCUAUAGGGCACUUCCUCUGCCUUGCUCAGACUGCCCUUAACCUCCCGGAGAUUGUAUUUUUUGAGCUGGAGCGUUGUUUACUGAUGCCUCGCUGCAGCCUCCUCCUGUCCAAAAUCAUGUCUUCCCUGCUGUCACCAUCCCAGCGAAGGGCAACCCUGCACCGCCGGCCUGCCCUGCCUUACCGCCGCUGGGAAUCCGAGCUUAGGCAGAAGGUCAUGGGCUGGUAUCAAGCUGUAGGUGCCUCCCAUGACCAGUCAGCUCGGGCUGAGAAACUGGGUCUUUGCCACCAGUUUUUCAGUACACUUGGAGAGGUGAGUCCUUUGACAGAGAAACCCUUUCACUUGCUGCCCUUCUACCAGCGAGUUUGGCUUAUGAAGGGGCUGUGUGAUCAUGUUUAUGAGACACAGAAAGAUGUGCAGGAUGCUUUGCUCUCCCAGCCCAUUCAUGAAUGUAGGGAGUCUAUUUUGGGCUAUGACAGUAGAGAGAAUGCCUAUAUACAUUUUCCACAUUUCUGUGGUGCAGACCUGAGGAUCUACUGCCAAAGCCCCAGCACACCCCCAACUGUCCCCUUCCCUUUAUGGGUCAAAAGAGUUGAAAAAGAGCCUGCAGCAGAGAGUGAAGAAUCAGAUGAAAUGAAGGAUGAGGGGGUUAGAAGUAACAGGGGGUGUUAUGGAGGCACAAUGGACACAGGAGAGUAUGGUGAUUUUGGAAAUGGGAGAGGAGAGCUUCUUGGGCAUUUCAAAGGGGAAAAUGGAGAAGAAGAGGAAGAGGAAGAUAAAAAAAGGUUUAAAUCUUGGUCAUCGAGGGAGGAAAGGGAGGAGGGUUCUGAAUCGGUUUCCUCUGAUGUAGACUCUUGUGAAGAUCCUAAAUUGGACUUGAACACUAACUCCUUAUCCCUGUCACACACAAGUCCUAUUGGAGGAAGUGGUUUGAAAAAUAAUAUAAAGGAAGAGACUGUAGAGUUGGAGCAUCAAUCCAAGGGACUUGCAUUACAACGGGAGCAGGGCUGCACUUUGGGCUCAGCACGAACCAUUAAAGCAGAGACAAAAGAGCCCUGUCUGAGUGUUGGGGAGCACAGUUACACAGGCAGGUCCCCUGCUCGAUCAGUGAAUGUGGCCUUCACAAACAAACCAGUGGAGGGACAAAGUCUCACUCAGGGACACCAAAAAUCAUCCUGUUUGGACAAUUUAAAAAGAAAAUCAAGUAAUCUCCAAUCCGAGGAUCACUGUGGGGGAACAUCAAGGCAAGCAACACAGUUGUCAUCUGAAAGUGCCCAAAACUCAAGUGAAGAGAGGGUGAAUGACAAAAUCUGGACAAAAAAAAAAAAGCGGAAGAAAACACGAGGGAGGGAACAGCUGCCGAGAGUAAAAGGGGAGCAUAAGCAGCUGCAGAAUGUGGACAGGAUGAGGCUGUCCUCAGCUGAGACUGCCAAGUCUUCAGUGCAGCAAGUUGCCACAACGAUCAAAAGAAAGGAGAAGAAGAAAAAACAUAAAACAGGAAAAAAGGUUGAUGCUUCAAAGAAAGUUAAAGAUGAACCUUCAGUAGAACCAUCAUUCAAGUUGGUAUGCACAAGUCUUGAGGAGUUGCGAGAGUUAAUCAGUAGGACAGAAGAUGAGCUCGAUGACCUGGAGAGCACCAAAAAGAGAUUGGGUCGGUGGUAUUAUCGUAGAGAAGCAGUGAAAGACCUCCACAGCACUCUAAUCAGACUACUGAAUGAGCUUUCUCCUUGGGAACCCAAACUUGUCAAGGCCUACCAAAGGAAUCGGCUUCGUUUAAAGAAGGAGUUUGAUGAAUUCAAGAACCACCCGGAGUACAGUAACUUUGUGCGUGAGGAGUGUAUUUCGUCGUCAUCAUCAUCCGAUGAUGAUGAAGAGAAGGGUUUUGGGAAGGAGGUGGGCUUGCUCUCAGAUCAAUAUAGAAGAUCGGAAGAGGAGGACCUGGAACGUGUUCCCAGAGGUCUUUGGAGUGGAGCAAGCACCAGAGAGUUUUUGUCUGAGUCGUCUGGAGAAAGAACAGUCAUACACCAACUAAAACAGCCUCUGGACUCAACAGACAGUUUGCUGCCAAAAGUUCAUCCAGGCAUCAGUAAUAUUACAUCUGCCCAUGACUCUUGCCAACCAUUAAGAUCCAAACUGGCCCCAUCUAACCAAUCAGGGGACUCUGCAUCGGCAGCAAGGCUUCCAGCCCAGGCUUCACUAUCACCCAAACCCCCCAUCCUUCACCCCACCACUGGACUACCUAAGGGGUACACGCCCAUUCCCACCCUGUUGGCUAAGAGUGUGGGAAACAAAGUGACCUUAAUGAAACACCCUACUGAUUGCCCAGGGGUCACCAAUUUAGACAGACAGAGAAAAGAGUCAGUGGUGUGCCCACCUACCUCUACAGUGACAACAACACAACUUUUAAAAGCACAAAGUUCUCCAGCCAGUGUCAAGCAGAACUUCCAUCCAACACAGGCACAAGGAGCCCAGCAGACAGAAGUAGUAAGACACACAGGGAUGGCCAUCGUGACGGCAGCUCUUCCUAAAUCAUCACAGGCCAACACAACGCAGACUGCACCAAAAAGUCCAGUCCAAGUAAUUUACAAGGUACCUGAGAAGCUGGGUCAACUUAUACAGAAAGAUGGUUGCAGCAGCCCAGUCAAGAUCUCUGUUCAUCCUGUCAUGGACCACAACACUGGGGAGAAGAUCAUGCAGAAAGUAGUGAUUCUACCGUCUAACCUCCUCAUUAAAAACAUUGCAGAUAAGGCAUCUUCUUUAGAUCAUCAACAGUGUAAGGGCAUUCAGGUCCCAGUUUCUAAAGUUGCUGGCCCCUUAUGUAUGUCCACUAAUGUGCCUGGUUUUACCAUUCCUGAAAACAGAAUCCCUGUUCAGCAAGUGGCUCCCCUUAAAGAUGCCAAGACAGUGAGGACCCCUUCUCCCUCUGUUUCCCCUAAUCUGCAACAAGGGACCCCAAAUACAGCAGGAUUUAACCGGGCACAAAUCUGCAAUGCUCAUGCCAGCACAACUCAUGUUAUCCCGCCAAAGCCCUCAACCAACAUAACUCCUUCUAGUGCAGGUUCCCCCGAACCUAUGAAAUCUACAGUCCCCAAACAGGAGCUUAGAACUGUGUGUAUCCGUGACUCUCAGUCCAUCCUGGUAACAACUAGAGGAGGCAACACAGGCAUUGUCAAAGUUCAGGCAUCCUCAAACAAAAAUGCACCUGGUUAUUUGCCCUCAACUCCAGUGAUCACCAUCUCACCUCAGUUUAAAGCCUUUCUUGUUUCCAAGACCGCACAGACUCCUUUCACCGCUCCUUCUCAGACUUCAUCUUGCACUGUCCCAGCAGUGACAAGUGUAUCUUGGGGGCAACCUCAGAUGCAAGCUCCUUCAGUAUUGAAGUCCCCUUCCUCUGUCACACCUCCCAUGUUCACUGCAGUAACAGACAGCCUUCCUGUCAUGGGUUCAGGAAGCCAGUCUCCAGUUCAAGGCUCCAACACCACAGUUGGUUCCGCAGUUUCAACACAGAUGAAUCAGCAAGUGCUAGUGGCUGCUGCUGGUUCUCAUAUUCAAACUUCAUUAGUAAAAAACACUGUUGUUCCAUCGCUGCACAGUUCUUUGAUACCCCAUGGUCUCACUCAGGGCGAGUUCACCAGCAAGACUGGUGUGAAGAGGCCAAGUACAGAUGAGAGACCCCAAGCAACUAAAUUCAUUUUAGUAACUCCCCCUACUUCAGCUGCAUCAAAUAUGGCCUUGUCUACAGGUACACUCUCUUCCACAAAGCCCAUUCCUACUUCAAGAGUCAUGUUCAUCAAUCAGCCUGCUGUAACCACAACACCAUCCAUCACAUCCGCGGGAAGCAUUCAAAAGAAGGGGACAGCAACAGGUGCUAGUGGACAGCUGAUGACCACACCUUUAUCAAGUCACACACUAAAAAUGGGUUUAAGUCCUGGAAAGCCUGUUGGUGGGGUCAGCUCUGAAGCGUUGUCCAAAGUGAAAAAUAUCACUCUGCCUCCAGGUUUUCAAAUUCAGUUAACAGGGAAGACAACAGCCCUUGGACAUAUGAUAGGUGCCCUAUCAAGUUCUCCCUUAAAGAGCAUACCUGCGUCUGUCUCAUUUCCAAGCUGUCCAACAGCAAGCAACACCGGACUGGACCCUGUCACAAGUUUGAACACCAUCACAAGCUGUUCUGCCCAGCUUGCGUCUUACACUUCCUCGUCCACCAGCACAAAGCUCCAAGUUUUACCAUCAUUCCCCCAGUCGAGCUCUUCCACAUCUACUUCUGCCACACUGCCUGCAAGAAACGUGAUCAACAACGACCUUGGUAUGUUUCAAAAUAUAAUGUCCUGCAACUCUCCUGCUCAGGUAACCACUACUGUGCAGAGUAGCCCAGCCCAAACCUCCAGUGUCAUCCAUCAGCCCUCAACGCCUACAAUUGGUAAAGAAUCUCUCUCAUCUUCCACUGACCAUAAAACCCAAGCAACUCUCUCCCUGGCAACGACAACCAAUAUCCCAAUCACCACCUCUGCUCCAGACACAAUCCAGCAGAGGAUAGUCAUCAAAACAUCGACGCCCCUUGUGGCAGGAACACAGAUCCUCCUCAACAAUGCACGUUUUGUUGUCCCUCCCCAGGGAUUGGGUCCAGGCAGCCAUGUCCUUAUCAUCUCUAGCUCUUCGCCUCAACAAGUGCCUACUGCCAGUGCUACCAGCUUUGCAGCAUCAGUACCUCCACAAGGGGUGAGCCAUGUCCCUCUAGCUCAUCAAGCACCUGUUUUACUGCAAUCCCCUGCUAAGCUAUCUGGUGUGCCAGCUUUAAGUUCUCCUUUUGUAGCAUGCACACCCGCUAUUGGUCCAUCAUUGCCAGCAACAACUUCCAAUGUCAUCCCUGUCCAAUUUAAAAGUCAAGGAUUAACAUUGUUACACAGUAAAACCAAUGUAGUGUCUGCUCUUCCUAGGAUGCCAGCUAUGCAGGCUGGUAGCUUCGCAUCGCCUCCAAUGGGUACACCAACUCUGAUCUCAUCCCCACAAAGAUUAGUCAGUGUACCAGCCCUAGUUUCCCCAGUGGUAACCAGUGCCUCUGUUCUUGGCUCUGCACUGGCUACUAUCAGGUUAUCUACUGGAACGCCAGUGAGAGCUGAAUGUUCAUCCACCAGUGCGCAUACUGUAGCACCCACCUUUGCCAGAUUGUCAGCACCUCUAUCAUCCUUCUCUCUUUUACCCAGCUCAACAGCUGUUCCCCUUACCAGCUCGGUCAUAACAGUGCCCACAACACACUCAUCCGCUGCAGGCACACCAGCUUUGCAUUCUUCUGUUCCUGCCCAGAAGAUGGUUUCAGUGUCAACCCCAGGCCUAGGCAUACAGCCCCAGCACACAAUUGGAAUUGCUGCAUCCUCCACUGCUCAAACACAGGCUUUGGCUCAUACAGGGCUGGGAAACGCAUCAAUCAAAAAGACAGUUCCUGCAGGAAUGCAACCGGUGCAUGCUGGCAUUCGCACACAGGUUUUGCCAACAGUGGCUGUCCCACCAAUUGUUAGUGCAGUGUCCAGGAUGCAGACACUGCCCAUUGCUACAGUUCCACCAAGUGGAAGCACUGUCAGUACCUUUGAAACACUGCCUGGUGUGAACGCACCUUCUUCAAGCACCACUGUAAUAAUCAGUCCAUCUCAAACAAUCUAUUCACUGAAGACAAACAACAACAUCCACCCACCUGUCAUUCUGACCAAUCAAGCCCUCGUAAAGAACUCUCUGCAGACCUCAUCAUUGGGUACGCAUACCGGUGUAUCAUCAAAGCUACUGAUAAGUCCUGAUGGGGCCGUUUUAAAUACAGUUCAGGGCCAGGUCAAUCCAGCAGAGCUGACCACCUGCCCCAAUCCACUGGAUGCACUAGCAGUUUCCCCCAACAGUUCCACUGGAGCACUCCACACACAUGAUUCCUCUUUCCAGCCUUCCCAGGCUGACAGAAAGUGCACCAAUUAACUGAGACUGUGCCAGGUAUGUGAGAACUCAAACACCACUUUCCAUUGUCUAGUUGUUGCAUAGCUCAUAACCACUGCUUGUAGUACUCCUAUUUAAAGAACUGCCUUCCUGCUGUAGUUUGACUCACAGGAUACUGGAGAUCAUACCCUGGUUAAAGCAUCUCAUAGGUGAACUGUAUGCUCAAGCUGACAUUCUAGAAAUGUAUACUCUGUUUUUUCUUUCAAGUGAAAACUGUUGAGGUUGCUCUCUGAUGAAUGUUUUAGAUUUUCAACUUUCCUUUUUUUUUUUUUUUACUUGAUGGCCAGUAAAGACAACUGUUAAAAAUGCAGUAGAACAGGAG